UGUUUUCUUACAGAAGAACCAGAACAGUACAAUGUUGAAUGUGCUGCUGAUGAAGAUGAAGAUGAUCUCAGAAUCUUGCAGCGCAUCAAAAGCACAGAUUUUGAUCGGCCAAACUUUCAUAGCCAGCAAUCACAGACCCACCUGUCUGGUAUUGAGAACAAUGAACCAGUCGGAAGCAUCAAAGCCAUCGUGUCAAUGCUGCAAGAAUCUGAGCUAAAGUUGCAGCAACCAGCCAAGCUUUCCUUUGGGGCCGACCAGAAGCCAGAACCAGGAAGCAACAUUAAAAUCAUAAGGUCAAAAUGGGAAGCCUCUCACCAGCAGCUGCCACCACAAAUUCAGCUUUCUGUCCAGGAGAACAAGAAACCACAACCAGGCAGGCAGAAUCCCUUCAUGUCAAAGUUCGAAGUGUCUGAGCAGCAGCAGCAGCCUGAAGUUCCGGUGUCUGUCAGUGACGAUGAAGACAGAGAAAUUAACGGAAGCUGGGAAAUGUUCAUGUCAUCAUUAGAAGGCGAUGAACCAAACCCAGACAAUAUCAGAAUUGUUCUGAUAGGGAAGACUGGCAAUGGGAAAAGCUCAUCAGGAAACACCAUUUUAGGAAGAAAAGAGUUUGACGCCAAAUCAAGUCAAAACUCAGUUACAAAGCAAUGCCUGAAGGAAAAGACUGAAGUAGACGGCCGCUCAGUUUUUGUUGUCGACACACCUGGUCUUUUUGACAACAGUUUGAGCCAUGAAGAGAUUAAGCAUGAGUUGAUGGGGUGUAUUAAUUUUGUUGCUCCAGGACCACAUGUCUUCCUGCUGGUUAUACGGAUCGGUAGAUUUACACCAGAGGACAAAGAGACAUUAGAAAUGAUCAAGAAAAUCUUUGGUAAGAAUUCAGAAAAGUUCACCAUCGUUCUUUUAACUGGAGGAGAGUUAUUGGAGCAAGAUGGCCUCUCCAUUGAAGAAUACAUUAGACGGGAAUGUGGAGAUCCUUUCAAGCAGCUGAUUGCUGACUGUGGAGGAAGGUACCAUGUUUUUAAAAAUCAGGAUGUAGAAAACCGUACUCAGGUCAGAGAGCUGAUCAGAAAGAUUGACGCAGUGGUGAAGGAAAAUGGAGGAAAGUGUUUCACCAAUGAGAUGCUGCAAGAGGCUGAGGCUGCCAUACAGAAGAACAUGAAGAUUAUUGCAAAUGAAACACGUCACGAAAUAAAGACAAUGGUGGAAGAACUUGAAAGAAAACUUGCAGCUGAAAAACAGAUCUGGAAAAUAAAGCCUGGAACGGCUAAAACAGAAAAUCUGCGACACGGAACAUUACAGCAGGACGUGAAGAAAAAGAUCAAGAGUGAAAAUGAGCAGAAAUAUAGAGAGGAAGAAGAGAAAAGGAAGAAAGCUGAAGAAGAAAUAAAAAAGACAAAGAAUGAGCUGGUAACAGUGGAGAAAAAUAUACAAUCAGGAUUAAAAGGUCCAGUUGCUGAACGGGCCUUUGAGAUAAAAAGACGAGAACUGGAAGGAAAACUAAUCCUGAUGGAGAAAGAACAGCGAGAGUCUUUGGAGAAGAAACGCAGGGAAGACAAACAGAGAAAUCAGAGAAAGGAGAGUGAAACGAAUAAUCUCUCAGGGAUUGAAGAAACUAUUCGAAGAGAACUGGAGGAAGAGUAUCAGAAAAAACUGGAUAACAUGAAAAAGAAAUACAUGGAGGAAGUUAGAAAAAAAGCAGAAUUGAGAGGAAUUAUCAAAUCCUUGGAUCCUGUGCUACCGCUCCUUAAACACGUUGACAAAACAUGCAAAGUCAUGUAAUAGUUAAACACUAUGUAAAAUCUGUAUUAUAUCAUUUUACAUAAAAAAGACAGUAAAUAAAAAUAAGAGAAAACAUAAUCUCAAUUCAAUUUCAGUUCAGUUUAUUUUUAUACUGCCAAUUUACAACACAUGUAAUCUUACUGCACUUUACAGAUUCAAUACUGUCAGAUUAAAUUAAAUGUUUCUUUGAAGGAAAACCAGUUGAUCCAUAAAAUCCUGAAAGUUUAGCUUCAUGUUUGUUACAGACUGUUUCAGAGGAGUGUUCAUCAUUCUUCAUCAAACAUCUCAGACUCAAAUCUGUGAAAAGUUGAUCAGAUGAUAAAUGAUGAUAAAUGUGACUUUAUUUCUUGUUCAUAAUAUUCAAAAUUGUUGAGUUAAAAACAGAAAAACUAAACUAAACUUGAACUAAAACACAUAACACUGCUUAUAUCUAUCAAACUCUUAUAAUUGCAUUUUUAAAAUGUGAAAAAUAAAGACACUUGUGAGCAUGUGGUAAAUUAAUGAUCUCAUUAUUUUAAAGCCUUUUAUCUGUAUUUGUCCUCACUGAAGGACAGUAAGCCAAAAAGCUGCACCCUGUAAGAGAUAACUGUGAUUUGAGUUAUCUCCCUCCGAAGCUGUGAAAAAUGGGUCUGAAAUAGACCUGCAGGGUGAAUCAUUUUUAUCGCUGAGUCAGUGAAGAGUCCAGAGGUGGAAAAGACAAGAAAGAAGGACCAGCAGAUACAAAGAGCCAAGAGUCAUUACCUAAUAAAGUCUAACUCUGUU